GAUUGGUCCCAAGAACCUGAAUGACGCUUACCGUCCAAUCGGAUCGAUGCACUCACCGCCCCUUUAAUGUUGAAUGUUGAUAUUGGAAACCAUUAAAGGGGCUAGGUCAGUAUUGACGGGCUUGCGUCGGUGUUACAAAUAUGACUGUCUCGAAUGCGCAGAGUGUAAACUAAGGUUAAAGACGAGUGUCAGAUGUGGAACCGUGAAAUAAAUACUUGCUGUCUUUGAACUAACGAUAAACGAUUCAAAAUGACAGGAGCAACUACUGCGGAGAAGACCACAGCGAAUAAUCCACUUGAGCAGUUUGUGCUUUUAGCAAAGACUGCUAAAGGAGCAGCUGCAGUGGAGCUGAUAAAACAAGCAGUUGAAGCACCAGGAGUUAAUGUAUUUGGAGAGCUCUUAGACAUGCCCAACAUUAAAGAACUAGAAACAGGCCCCUAUGCCGAAUACUGGAAUACACUGAAUCUCUUUGCAUACGGCACAUACAAAGAAUAUUUGGAAAAUAGAGAAAAGCUGUUCGAGCUCAGUCCAACACAGAAAAAGAAACUGCAGCAUUUGACCAUUGUCACACUGGCCACAAAGUCCAAGUGUAUUCCCUAUUCCGUAUUGCUGGAAGAACUUGAUGUGAAGAAUGUAAGAGAUUUGGAGGACCUAAUAAUUGAGGCAGUUUAUGCUGAUAUUAUCCAUGGGAAGUUGGACCAAAAAAAUUCACAGCUAGAAGUAGAUUAUGCAGGAUUAGGAAGGGAUGUCAGACCUGGUGAUACUGGAGCUGUUGCAGAAACAUUGGCUGCAUGGGGCCAAGCAUGUGAUGCGGUUCUCAUUUGUAUAGAACAACAGGUUCUGAGAGCAAACAGUGAAAAGCAGAAAGCUACACAUCACAAGGAGAAAAUACAGCAGGAUAUCGCGAAUAUUAAGAAAUCGCUCGCUGCUCAAACGGGAGGUAGGGGAGUCCAGGAGGCAGAUGUGGCAGGGGGUGUGGUGGGUGCUGGAGCUGGUGGGAGUGAAUCUGGUCGUGAAGCCUUGCCUGUUCCUCCCGAUCCAAAGAAGAAGCAGCAAAAGGCAAAGGGUAUUCGAGGCAGUGUUCUAUAAACAAGAGCCAGUUGCAAGAGGAUGCAAAUUCGGAAGGAUUAAAAAAAGUUCGAUAGCGAUUAACGAAUAGUUUCGAUCUCGAAGCAAUUGCACGCCACGGGUAUUCGUGAAUAACCAUGAAAAUGGAAAGACCAACGACGAAAUAUACUUAUAACUUACUAUUUUCAUGCAAUGACUUGUGUUAUUUCUUCCAUGAUAAUAGCAAUAAUGAUCGCAUUACAUGUCCUAAAAUACUGAUGUACGAUACCCUCUAUGUUUAUUUGUAAAACUGUUCAGUAAAAAUUCGAGACAUUACCGAAUACAUGCACCCUCAAAUAUUGCAAAUAACAUUCAUAAAAUUCUAUUUUUUUUUUCUCUCUCUCUUCAACUUCGCUAUUUAUUUUUUUAGAUUUUCAAUGUCAUCAAAUUUCUGUGUUAGUAAUCUUGUCACCCAGCAAAUUCCGAUCUAUCAAGCGAUUUUGAUACUUUGUCUAUUUUUUUCUUACUAUUUCUCCACCAUGCAGGUGAUGUAUUCGUCAAACUUGACUAACAGUUAGCUAUUAUUUCACUUUUUCAAUUGCCAAAUUUGUGUCUGACUGAUUGUGAGAAUCGUCGCUCGAAGUUCGACAAUCGUAUAAAUUCGGUGAGGUUCAUAAGAGUCCAAUGUCAAAAAGUACCAUCCUCGCAAAUGAAUGGAUUGUGGAUCAAAGUACCAAUCAGAAAUCAUGCAACUGAAAUUAGACGCUAUAGUUUACGCGGAAAAAUGUAGAUUUUGAUUUUCGGUCGACGAUUCUUCAUCGCUUGAUGGAACUAUACUUGACUAACUACCCACAUGUAUGUAUACCAAUAUGCUAUGUAACUAUACGCAGAGUUCAAUAAAUCAUCAUCAGUUCCUCA